AUGAGCAAACGCGCCUCGCGAUCCAAGAACCGCGGCUCUGUAUUACGUGAGAAGAGCUCCACCGACUCACUGCAGGAGAAGAAGAACGGAAAUGCAAAUUCUACGGCCAUGAACAGCGCCAUGUUGGAACAUCGGCGCAAGCAUUCGUCCUUUGACAGCAAUUCGCCAUCGAGCCAGGCUGCAUCCCUAAUGGGCAACUCCAACUUUUCGCUCGAUGACGAUGUGCCCAAGCUGGGCCAAGAAGACGAAGGCACGUCCAAAGGGUUCUUCGAGCUGUCCAAGAAGGACCAGAGCAACUUCCUCCUCCUCGUGCUGUUGUACUUCCUUCAGGGCAUACCCAUGGGCCUGGCACACGGCUCUGUGCCAUUCCUGCUCAAACACAACGUGUCCUACGCUGCCAUUGGUGUCUUCUCGCUCGCAGCCUACCCGUACUCGCUAAAACUUCUCUGGAGUCCCAUCGUGGACGCGGUGUGGUCACCAAAAGUCGGACGCCGGAAGAGUUGGAUCCUACCCAUCCAGACCAUUUCUGGCUUCUCCAUGAUCUGGCUUGGCAAGAACAUCAACCGCAUGAUGAAGGAGGCGGGCGAGACCGACAGCGGGGUUUGGACUUUCACGUGGUGGUGGUUUGCGCUCGUAUUCCUUUGCGCCACUCAGGACAUCGCUGUGGAUGGUUGGGCGCUGACCCUUCUCUCCAAGGAGAACCUCGCAUACGCAUCGACCGCGCAAACCGUCGGCCUGACCGCAGGCCAGUUCCUUUCCUACACCGUCUUCCUGGCCUUCAAUUCCAAAGACUUUGCGAACAAGUGGUUCCGCAGCACUCCUGCAGACACCGGCAUUAUGGAGCUUGAUGGCUACUUGAGCUUCUGGGGGUGGGCAUACCUAAUAGUCACUCUUGGACUGGCAGUCAUGAAGCGCGAAGACCGCGAUAAGAACGGCGAUGGCAUCAGCGAGGUUUACCGCACCAUGUGGGGCAUCUUGAAGUUGAAGAACAUUCAAAGCUUCAUCAUCAUCCACCUCAUCGCCAAGAUCGGGUUCCAAGCCAACGAUGCUGUCACAAGUCUGAAGCUUCUAGACAAGGGCCUCAAGCAGGAACAGCUGUCUCUCGUCAUUCUUGUAGACUUUCCCGUCGAGGUCUUCCUAGGCUACUACAUCGGAAAAUGGUGCCAGACCUACCCGCCGAUGCACAUCUGGUGUUGGUCCUUCAUUGGCCGCCUGGUGGCUGCUGGGUUCGCGCAGUUUGUCGUGUCCAUCUUCCCGGCUGGAGGAGCAUCGUCUGGUUUCCUGAUGCUGGUCAUCGCUGAACAUGUGCUGUCGACCUUUAUGAAUACGGUCAUGUUCGUCGCAGUCAGCGCGUUCCACGCAAAGAUCUCUGAUCCGCUCAUCGGUGGUACCUACAUGACGCUGCUCGCUACCGUCUCAAACCUAGGCGGUACAUUCCCACGCUACUUUGUCCUCAAAGCCGUCGACAUGUUCACUUCGGCAACCUGCAUACCACCUACGGAUGUUCCCAAGGCAGAUCUUUUGAAGGGGCCACUUAUCACACAGGCCUUCUCUUGCUCGCUAGAGGCAGAGAAGCAUCGCUGCCAGGCAGGCGGGGGUGUCUGCAACGUCACGAGUGACGGAUACUACAUUGUGAAUAUUCUGUGUAUUGUGAUUGGUGUAGUGACGUUCUGGGGCUACAUCAAACCUGCCGUUAUGCGCAUACAGGCGUUGCCGCUAAGGGCAUGGAGGAUUGCUGGAUAG